AAGACUGUUAAAUGUACAGUCUCAUGAGUUAUUGAAUGGGAGAGAUGUUUCGAAGGCCAAGCAUUAAAUUACCAAAAAUACAGAGUUAAAAAAAAUGUUUGGAAAAAAAAAAAUCAAAAUAAUUCCAAAAGAUAGAUUAUAAUGCAAACAUAAUUCAAUCUAAUAUUUUUUUGACAUAUCAAUAGACAUUGGAUUUGGCAUUAAGCCAUGGUUGUCUAAAUUUGAUAAUUUCCCACCAUAUCAAUUUCAAAACAUUGACCAUUUUUAAUUUCUUUCUAACACCAUCUUUAGACCCUAAACUCCUAAAGUUUCCCUCUUAACGGCUCGAAGCGCAAUAGUAACCCUACGAUCUUCCACUAAUCACAGUUUGACUUUCUCUCUCCUCCCACUUUGACCAACACCAUUAAUUUAACCUCUUCUUCUUCUAGCCGUUAGAAUUUUAGAACUUUUUCAGUCUUCCUUUCUCAAAAUGCCCUGCAUUCCAGCGAAACCCAGAAUCAUAGUGACCUGCAAUACACAAUUUCUCUCUCUUAAUUCAUCCUAUUCUGAUCUUCCAAUUGAAAUGGGUAAAGAUUUGGAACCCUGUAAUUUAGUUUCUGAAUCUGAAUCUUUAAUCCCUGUUGUAGAAAACCCAAAAUUUGUUUGUUCUUUGAAGCGUAAAAGACCCCCGAAAAUUCAAAUCCCUAAUGUAUUGCAGGAAAUUUUGGUUGAUACCCAGAUUAAAUUUGGGUGUUCUCCUGUUAAAAAUGAUGAAAUUUAUUGUUUUGAGGAUUUGGGUGUUGGGGUUUGUUCAAUUAAGGGUAAGAAAAAGUUUAUGGAAGAUACCCACAAGAUUGUUUCUUCCAUUGGCGGCAAUGCGAAGAAGGGUUUUUUUGGGGUUUAUGAUGGGCAUGGAGGGAGAAAAGCGGCUGAGUUUGUAGCAGAGAGUUUACAUAAGAAUGUCAUUGAGUUGCUUCAUAAUUGUGAUGGAAAUAUGGCUAAGGAAGAAGCAGUAAAAGCAGCUUAUCUUAAAACAGAUAGAGAAUUCUUGGAGCAGGAAGUAAGCAGUGGUUCCUGUUGUGUCACAGCUCUGAUAGAAGGGUCAGAGAUGGUUGUCUCAAAUUUGGGAGACUGCAGGGCUGUUCUUUGUAGAGGUGGAGUGGCAGAGGCUCUCACAAAGGACCAUAGAGCCGGGAUGGAGGAAGAGCGGAAAAGAAUCGAGGAUAAGGGAGGGUAUGUAGAAUUCCAUAAGGGAGCUUGGAGAGUUCACGGAGUAUUGUCAGUUUCGAGAAGUAUUGGAGAUGCUCAUCUAAAACAUUGGGUGGUGUCACAGCCACAUUCAACAAUUUUGGAUUUGACUCCUGAUAUGGAUUUUCUUGUCUUAGCUUCUGAUGGACUUUGGGAAGAGGUUGGAAACCAAGAGGCGAUUGACAUUGUGCAGCAGUCUUGUAUAUUUGACAAGAAACCUGAACUUCCAAUUGAUGGUUCAAAUAAUAAAAUCCAGAGGAGCUUAAAGGUGAAUGAUGAUGAUUAUGCUUGUGUCAGCACAAGCUCCUCUCCGAAGGUGAAACGGGUUUCCCUCAACAGGCAGAAAAAGAAGACAACACUUUCUCCAUCUCUAAGCUUCAGGAAGACGGACAAUUCAAUCAUGGCAAAGGAAGAUGUUUCUUACUUCGAUAAUAAUAAUCUCAGUCCUGUAAAAUUAGGAAUAACUUCAGUGUUUUCGAACAAGAACAUGAAAACUCCCUCUCCAUCUCCAAGCUACAACUCCUACAAGAAGAUAGAAAAGGAUGGCCUUUCUGACUUUGACAGUGAAAAUCACAGUCCUCCUACCAAGUUAAGAAGAACUUCACUGUUUUCACACAAGAAUAUGAAAAAUCUCUCUUUGUCUCCAAGCUGCCAAAAGACAGAAAACACCAGCACAGUAAAGGAAGGUCUUUCUGAAUUCUACAACAAAAAUGAGAGCCCUGCAAAGUUGAGACGCACUCCAUUGUUUUCGCCCAAGAGCAUAAAAACUCAGUCCCCGAAUAGAGAGAAUAAGAGACCCACUUCUGAUGGCCUAGUAGCUGCUUGCAAAAAGCUUGUAAAUCUCGCUGUAAGUAGGGGUAGUAUGGAUGACAUUACUGUGAUGGUAGUUGAUCUGAAGCAUUAUAAGUUAGACAGGAAUGCUUUGCUUUCUACCUUGUAAGAUUCGAUUGGUUAUUUUAUAAAUACUCGCACUUAUUUUUCAGUAAACCAGUAUGUAAUUCUAACAUAGUUCUCUACGAAUUUCUCUGACUUAGUCUAAUUUGAUAUGACAAUCCUAGAACCAACUUCGUUUUGUCAAAAUUGACAACCCAUCUGAAGGAUUAUUUCAGUUAAGUGAACCAUAUAAGAUUAUGGGGAGUAGAGGUGAGAGAAAUAAACAUAUUCUUCUCUUUAUUGUAUUGAAUUAAAUUUGAUCAUUUUUGUAUAUGUAUUUUUCAGAGUUUGCAUACAAGGGG